AUGAUCAAUUUAUCAAUGAAGAUUGUAUUAUGUGCUUGCGUUGCUAUUGCUGCUGCUCGUGCUCCAGCAUCACCAUUAGCAUCAAAAGCUGCUGCAAGUGCAGCUGCAGCUGGUGAUGAUUCUGGUAUUUUAUCAAAAUCAUUUGAUUUAAAUGAAGAUGGUUCAUAUGGAUGGGAAUUUGAAGCUGCCAAUGGUAUCAGUCAAUCAGAAAAUGGUAAAGGUGGUGAAUUUGCUAAAGGUGCUGCUGAAUGGACUAGCCCUGAAGGCGAACAUAUUGUUCUUCAAUAUACUGCCGAUGAAAACGGUUAUCAACCAUCUGGAUCACAUGUUCCACAAAUCCCAGAAUAUAUUGUACGUGCUUUAGAAUGGAUUAAAGCUCAUCCAUCAGCUGAACAAUAA